GAUGGAUUUUUGGAGCGGCUGACUUCCAGUGAAUUUGUGGCUCUGUCUCGGGAGGUUGAGAAGUUUAUCACGGAUUGUGAGACCAUUAGUGGUCGACGGUGUAUGUCACUGCGAUUCUGUCUACAGUCACAGGCACUUAAAUUUGUAAACAGAUUCCAUGAAGAAAGACGGACCAAACUCAGCCUCAUUUUGGACAAUGAGCGAUGGAAACAAGCGGACGUCCCAGCAGAAUUCCAAGAGCUCGUUAAUCAUAUCACCCUAACAGGCAUGUUAAGUCUACCAGAAAGGACGGCAGAUUCAGAUAAAGGCCCUACAGAAGUGUUGGUAGUGGAAGAUCAAACAUUUGCAGUUGUAGGGACGGUGCUGAUGCUGUUGAAGAUGAUGGUGGAGUAUUGUCAGUGUGUUAAUGACAUUCCAUCAGCGGCACCAGAUCUGUUGUCUAGACUGGUAGACCUCUUCAAAAUUUUCAAUUCAAGAACUUGCCAGCUGGUGUUAGGUGCAGGUGCCCUUCAACUUGUGGGACUGAAAACCAUCUCCACAAAGAAUCUAGCUCUGGCCUCCAGAUGUUUACAGUUGGUUGUGUACUUCAUUCCUAAAGUCCGGCUCCAUUUUGAGGAGAGACUGGCUUCUAAAAAUAAAACAAUGCUCAAACACCUGGACCAAGUACAAAAGGAUUACUGUGACCACAUUAAUGAGAUAACAAACAAACUUGUUACUGUCAUGGAGGGGGUCAUAGCUCAACAACUGUCAAAGUGGGAGGUGAAGGCCCCUAUGCCCUCCAUGUGUUUUAGGUCCAUCUGUAAACAAAUCAGCAAAAUGCACGAAGCUGUCCUUGAUAUUUUGUUGCCAGAUCAAAUCAAGGAGCUAUUUACCAAGAUUAACAGCUGUUUUAAGAAGUUGAUCAGACAGCAAUUAGUUACAUUAGAAGUCUCUAAAAAUGGGGGACCACAACACGGACUGGUGAUGUCCGACUUAGCAUUCUAUUCCGGGACAUUUAAAACUUUACGAGGGUUGGAGAGUUUAGCACAAGACAUGAACGAUGUGUGGGACGUGAGGUGACAGCGCCCUCUACAGUCUGGCAUGGUCAUUUUUUCUCUGUGUGCAAUAAUAAGACACUGGUCAUUGAAGGGGAGACAACUCACUCUCUCAUGUCAACAUGUUCUAAGUUAUUAUAAUGGCAUUUUUUAAAAACCAAACUUUUUAUUCGUAUGCAUUUUAUGAGACUGUUUAUUAUCUGAUGUCUGUGAUUUCUGAAGCAAAAAAGUGUCAGUAAUAUUUAUACAAAUAAUAAAAAUUAUUUAUUGACA